UGAGUGAGACCCAAAGUUUCCUUUCCAACUGUCAAAUCUGACGUUUAUUAAGAAUUUGACAAGAAAACAGCUAGAAACAAAAAUGUAAACUAAUUGAAAUUAAUUGGUUUCCCAAACAUAUUUUAGGUAACAUUCCUACGGUCUAAUAGUAAUUGUGAUAUUUUAAACAUGGACUUUUUCGCGAUAUUUCUGUUGAUAUGCGUUUCAGUAUUAUUUGGAAUUAUAUUAACAUUAUGUAUACAAUAUUAUAUUUUGUAUGUAUAUUUGAGGAGAUCUCCUGAGGCUAAACCUUUGGGGAGGCGCAACUCUAUUGAUUAUAGUUUACCAGAGGCUUUAAAGAAACAACUAGAAAAUGAUGACAAUGAAAAAGUUAAAAAUUGUAGUUUGCCAAUAAGUUUAGUUUUACAGUUUUUAUUUCAUGAACUUAGACAUUCUGAGUACAUUAAAAGGUGGCUUUACAAAAAAUUAAGCUUGGAAUUCGAUGAAUUGUUGACAAAAACCACCAUUGGAAAGUUCUUUGAAAGCAUAAGUAUUAAAGACAUGUAUUUAGGUAAUGAGUUUCCUGACAUUAAAGACAUUACUCUUGACAAUGUUAAACUGGACAAAAAAGAAGGUCACAUUGAUAAAGUUAGUUUGUGCCUAAAUCUUGACUAUACAGGCAAUUUUAUGCUUAGUGUGGAUGCCAAAAUGAAAUUCGGAAAAAAUGCUUACUUAUCUAUAACAGUGAAAAAAAUUAGUGGCAUUGCUAGACUACAGUUUUCUAGAGAACCAUACACACACUGGUCGUUUAGUUUCUACAAUGAUCCUAUUUUAGACCUAGCUGUUGAAUCACACUUCCAAGGACGCCAGCUUCAAUCAAACAUAACAAAUUUGAUAGUAAAUCAAAUAAAGAAGGCCAUAAAACGCAAGCACACUUUGCCCAAUUAUAAAAUUCGAUAUAAACCAUUCUUUGUAAAGACGGAUCCAAGUCAACUGGACACAGAAGACAGUGAAAUAGUGCCCCAGGGGCAUCUUGAAGUUGCCUGCGUUGAGGUUUCCAGGUUGUCUUUGCCAGCAGGGAUUCAACAUAUUUAUUGCACCUUUGCUAUUGACACCAUACCUUGGAUCUCGUUAUAUCAAAAGGAUGAAUCCUUUUACAUGAUACUAGAAGUAACCAUGACAAAACUACGACAAGUACACCUGGGUGUCAUUUUUAAGCAGGAGCAGGGUAUGGUACUGAUUGACAGCGUGGCUGCCAACAGCAGCGCCUACAAAUCGGGUCUAAGAGCCGGCGACGUUGUCCUGGCUGUCGAAAACAAGUCGGUCACCACCGUACCACAAGUCGCCAAGUUUAUAAAAUCUAUCUCCACCACCAGCAUUACCUUACGCGUGGAAAGGGUGGCCGACAAUUACGUGCUGAAGAACAAGUACAACGACGACACCGAGAUGAAGGUGUCCAACACGUCGCUGGACGAGGACCCGGAACUGACCCAAACCGAACAAGACACUUUCGUGAUCGUGGACAAAAAGGACGACGUCAAAAAGUCGAAGUGCUUAACCAACUUGGAGAGACUCAAGUCGUCCGACAGGGUGCCUAAAAUCAUACCCACGAACGAGAACAUGUCCAAGCUGGCGCAAACUAUAGGCAACUUCAGUCUGCGCAAGCGCAAGACGUCGAUAACCGAACGACCUUCGAGCGAGAACAGCGCCAAAAACACGCCCACUUCCAGCACCCCCAGCACGCCUCAACACACCCACCUGAAGCCCCACACUAUUACCGUACCCCUCAGCUUGUCUUCGAAGAAACAUUCCAUCUGCGAGCUGCCGGAGAUCAUUAAAACUGACCUGGAGGGCGUCAACACUGAGAUUUUAAGUCUGACUGAGGUCCACAAGGGUAAGGAGAUGCUGUCGUCGUCCGUGCUGCAAUUCAACGACGACUAUCAGUUCAACCUGAAGGAGGGAGCCAAGUACCUCAACAUCAACGUCUGGGGCACCGUCGCCGACGACAAGGACGUCCUAUUGGGCUACACCAACAUACCCCUGAGUCACAUACUGAACGAGUGUUGUAACAGCGUGCUGGGACACUACAUAAGGUGUUACUCGUUCCUGCCGCCCACCAACAUCGUGCCCAACAAUCAGACGCAUCCUCUGCUCACGCACUCGGGUUUCGAGCACGUCUUCUGCUAUGGGGACGUGUUGCUCAGCUUCGUGUGGUCGCACGACGACGACAUCGAACUGAAGAGGAAAAUGUCCGCAGUUAAUUUGGACGCAGUCAAACCGACUGAGCUGGGUGGGACGCUCAAGCACGACUUUGUACGGACGCAGUUCCAUCGCACCACUCACUGCGACUUCUGUUCUAAAAAGAUUUGGCUGAAAGAUGCGGUACAGUGCAGACAGUGCGGCAUGUGUUGCCACAAGAAGUGCAUAGUCAAAUGUCAGAUGAGCAGCAGCUGCAACCCCAGCGAGAGUAACAGCAUGCGCAGCGACAGCUCGGAGGGUGUCCUCCAGCCGGACAUCACUAUGGCGGAAACGUGUGACGAGUUGUCCGAAAACGGUGACGCCAAAACUCCUAAUAAUUUGAAACGAGUGAACAGCGUCAACAACCUCGCCAUUCCAGGUUCCCAUUCGGUGUCGAACGUGUCCCGCAGCUUGCCACCGUCCCCGCAGCGCACGCCCAGCCGCAAACAGUCGCUGGUGGUGGUCAAUCCCUUCGCCCUCUGCCCCGCCGUGCUCGACGAGGUGCAACGCAACCCGGCCGAGGCGUCCGACUGCGUCAACAAGCUCCUGGAACAAGUGAUGCAGUGUCCCCCGGACGAAUGUCUCAUGGACUCCGCCAAGGAGACGGGCCGGCAGCUGUACACGAACAUCUCGCACGAGGAGCGGGUGGAUAAAAUCAAUCUCAUGAUGGCUGAGUUGAAGAAAACCCUGGAUAAAGUGACGAUGGAGCACAUGGAGCUGACGAAGAAAAUGGGUGCUGAGGAGUCGGAAAUGGAGAAGGCUAAAAUUGCCUUUUUAAUGGGACAGGCUGACGCUAAGGUGCAGGGGCUUUCGGUUCUGAUGCUGCACUACUGUUCCAGUUUGCAGCAGUCACAGGAGAAGAUCGUUUAGGUUUGAUACCCUUUUUAUUUAUGUGAUAAUUGUUUUUUGUAUGUACUGGCCUAAGUACUUGUUUCUACUCUGGUUUUAUUCGUUGUUCUAUUUAUAUUUCAUAUAGGGGAAAAAUGCACUGAUAUAGAUUGUCCAGCACAAGUUUUAACAGUAUUAAAGUAACUUUUUAGAUAUAACUACACACAGAAUUUCGAUAUUAAGGAUAAUGCAUUUUUAAAAAGUGACAGUAGGUUUAAGAGUGUCGACGAUUGUACUUUAUUUUGAUUGUACUUAAAAAUAUGUAGUUUUAUUAAUCAAGGCUGAAACACAUGAUUUAUUUAGCUAUUACUAAAUUAUUAUAUAUAAAAUUUACUAAGCAUUACAAGCAGGAAGGUUGCAUUAAAUGAAAAAUGUAAAUAAUGACCAGACAAUAAGUCUUACUACUUAAUUAAUUGGGACAAAUUCAUAAUACUUAUUUAAACUUGACAUAUCAAAUACUUUGAUGUUUAUUAUCCAAACACUGUAUUAAAUUUACUAUUUUCUAAAACAUGCAUACCAAGAAUAUUACUACAACGGUCUGUUUUUGAAAGCAAUGUGCUUAAGUGCUUUCAAAAUAAGAUUCUUUAACGCAAAAACAUAUCUAAUAAAACAUGUGCCAAUAAGUCAUUGAUAUUCUGUGUGUUAAGAAACUUGAAAAGCAAAAAAAAUCAUAUUCUAGUCAAUUAAAAUUUCGCUUUACUUUUUAUUGACCGUCAUUGACGCUCGCAAAUUUAUAUAAGAUAUAUUGUGAUAAGUAUUGUUAUGUUUUUAUUUUAUUAUUAGCGUAUGUUGAGUACAAUGUUCUUCUUCGUUUGUAGGACUUUAUUUUGUAUUAAAUACAUUUAUAAGUA